UAAUAUGAUUUAGACUGGUGUUCGUAUGAUUGACUUGUUUAGCCUUACGGAAAACAAAAUUAUUAAUUGCGUCUUUUGGCCUAACGCUAAUGUUAUUGGCUAGCUAGCUGACGUCGCUAGCUAGCUAGCAUAGGAGGUUGCCGUGCAUUCCUUCUUACUAUAGCAUGGCGUCUAUGUACUCCGGAUCCCAUACCCUGAGUAAAGAUGAUGUGAACUACAGAAUGCAUUUCCGCAUGAUCAACGAACAGCAAGUAGAAGAUAUCACCAUCGAUUUUUUCUACAAACCGCACACAAUAACGCUGUUAACAUGCACAGUGCUCAGCUUGAUGUAUUUUGCAUUUACAAGGGAUGAUGGGAACCCUGACAGUAACUUAUGGGUGGGUCUGAUCUUAGUCAUCUCCUUCUUCCUGGUUAUCAGUAUCCUGGCCUUCCCCAACGGUCCAUUCACAAGACCACAUCCAGCGAUAUGGCGUGUGGUGUUUGGUCUAAGUGUCCUCUAUUUCCUGUUCCUGGUCUUCAUCAUCUUCCUAAACUGGGAGCAGGUGAAGCAGGUCAUGUACUGGCUGGACCCCAACCUGCGUUAUGCCAAAAGAGAGGCUGACGUCAUGGAAUAUGCAAUAAACUGUCAUGUGAUCACCUGGGAGCGAAUCCUGAGCCACUUUGACAUCUUUGCCUUCAGUCACUUCUGGGGCUGGGGCAUGAAGGCCCUGCUCAUCCGCAGCUAUGGCCUCUGCUGGACCAUUAGCAUCACCUGGGAACUCACAGAGCUGUUCUUCAUGCACCUGCUGCCUAACUUCGCAGAGUGCUGGUGGGACCAGGUGAUCUUGGACAUCCUGCUGUGUAACGGAGGGGGAAUCUGGCUGGGCAUGACCGUCUGUCGCUUUCUGGAGAUGAGAACCUACCACUGGGCGAGCAUCAAAGACAUCCACACCACUACGGGAAAGAUUAAGCGAGCAGCGCUCCAGUUCACCCCCGCGAGCUGGACCUAUGUACGCUGGUUUGACCCAAACUCUUCUCUCCAGCGCGUUACUGGGGUCUAUCUGUUCAUGAUCAUCUGGCAGCUGACAGAGUUGAACACGUUCUUCCUGAAGCACAUCUUUGUCUUCCCAGCAUGCCACGCACUCACUUGUUGUCGGAUCCUCUUUGUUGGCAUCAUCACAGCUCCUACCGUGAGGCAAUAUUAUGCAUACCUAACAGAUACACAGUGUAAAAGAGUUGGAACGCAGUGCUGGGUCUUUGGGGCAAUAGCCUUCCUGGAGGCCUUGGCAUGUGUCAAGUUUGGACAGGACUUGUUCUCCAAAACCCAGAUUCUUUAUGUGAUCCUCUGGCUCUUGUGUGUGGCCUUCAUCACGUUCCUGUGCCUGUACGGAAUGGUGUGGUAUGCAGAAAACUACGGCCCAAGAGAAAAGAGCCUCUCAGAAUGUGAGGACAGCAACUACAUCGAAUCCACCGACUACGAAUCGGAAAUUCUCAAAGAGGAGACGGACGUAGUGGGUGAAGUCUCAUCUACCAGACAAAGAGGAAGGGGCUCCGGAAAGAACAAAUCGAUCAACGGUGUAGGGACCCAGUAAUGACGAGAGCUCAGGGGUGUAGGGCCCCUCGCUCCUCGCAUGGCAGAGCUAGGAGAGGAGGAGGAGGAGGAGUAGGAGGCUGAAAGAAGUUAACACUUCCCAGGGCAUUUCAACACGUCACAGAGAACCACUCACCCACAACAGAGAGGUUGGGCACAGAAGGCACCCUUGAGUGGAUGAACGUGUCCAUACAGUGUUAGAAAGAGAGGGGUCUAAUCUGCCGAGACUGGCACUGGUAUUGGUGGCUUGUCAGGGCCUUGCUCCUACCCUACCGUGUGUGUGUGUUGUGGUGUGUGUGUGUGUGUCUGAGAGAGGAGGAGGUGGCGGGGAGAGAUGGGGGGGCAAAAUUUCUCUUCCACAGUUGGAACGCAUGUUCAUUGUAGUUGGUAAAUCAUGAUUUGCAAACUACAUUUAUCCUAUACAAUAUAUCAUUCAUGUUUCAUGUAAACCCUACUGGUCUGUGUACAGCACCAGCCCUAUGUGAUGUCAUCAGACUAACGUAUGUAACAGAUCCAAACCAUUUCAUGUAGAGCGCACAUGUAGACCAUGUCAUAGACAUUGAACCCUGUUUGGUACUGUAAAAAGACAAAUAUUUUAUCAGAUUGGGCCAAUUUAUCAUCUGUUGUAUUUACAUUUCCAUAUAAGUGUUCAUGUUUUUUUGUUGUUCAUAACUUGAACAAAGAGUGAAAUGUGAACAGGAUUUUAAUGCAAACCAGCUUUGGCGUGGAAGGAUCAUUUCUUUUUCACAGGAGUUUUGUGUUAGACAUGAGUCAAAGCAAAGCACACGUUUUAAGCACUUUUUAAAUCUGUUGGGCACUCCUCAAGAGCAUCCGCUUCCUGUUGUGAUCAGUAUACUGUACAUUUGUAAUGUGUGUUGUUGGUGUGCUUUGUGAAUCAUUGUGACCUUGAGUGAUUUCACUCCUUUUUCAGUUGUGGUUGCUACCAGUUAUUUUUCACUGAUUUAACAAGAAGGCAAAUCAUUCAUUCUUUCAUGCAUGUUUUCCAGUUUCAACUGUCUGCAGAGAUAGCUUCGUUUUACUAUGUGGACUUCAUCUACAUGGCAUUUGCAUGGCUGUGUCAAAUAUAGAAGUGUUUUUGGUGGAAUGUUAACUAGUGACAAGUGACACCUCUCACAGAGAAGUAUUUACACUUUCAAUGUUGACAUAGCCUAACAUUUUUAUCAAACACCCCUUGUGCCUGUUUUGCAUGUACUUUUUAUUUUUUAUUCCUAACUUUUUGGAAGUUUGUAUUAUCAAGCAUAAUUUGAGUUACGUUUCAGUGCUUGUGAUCUCUGUCAUUAAAAGUCCAUUUAUUUUCUGUCGGACAGUUACCAUCUCUGCACAAAAGUGUCCCUCACAAUCCAAGAUAAUCCAGACAUUGUCAUUCUCAGUGGAAAGGGGAUGGAAGGGGCUCCCUGGCUUCGUAAUUGGUACAUUGUUUCUGGGUUAUGCCAAUUUUGCCAAAAAAAGAAAGAAAAGAAAUUGACUGAAAUAGAGACUUGUGUUGUUGUUUUUUCACUGUGAAUUAAAAGUACCUAAUAAAAUGUUUUGCAUUUCCUCUUAA